AUUGUUUGUUGUUUUUAGAGUGUCUUUAUCACAAUGCUCAUUCCCUGAAUCCUACCUGCCGACUAAACAGAAAAUGAAUAUCCAUCAAGUUUAUCACCUUUCGUGCAACAAUUACUUGUUUUGCAAUGGUUUGGUGCUUACAGAGGAGGCCGCUGGUAGCACUGAAGCACAGCCAAAUGAGAGGGAGGUGAGUCAGAGUUUGCAGGAAGGUGAAGUGAAGGAGGCAGAGGAUAGACUUGAUCGUAAACAUGAGGAUGUGCAUGUGGGUGCCUCAGUAACAUCUCGAGAAAAAGUUGUACCACUCUAUGAUGUCGCCCGCCCUGGGAAUAUGUCUCAGAAACGCAACACAGCUGACACUGACGAUACACUUCUAUCAGUUCUGGCAGGCAAAGCUACACCCACCACUAGUGAGAACCCUCCACCCCUUUCUCCUCCCAUGAUACAAGGAGAUGAGGGUUUGGACACCAAUGGAGUGCUUACAGAGGAGGCCACUGACAGUACUGCACAAGCAAAAGACGAGCCUACAGAGGAUGGAGGUGACAGCAGUGGAUAUGAGGCAAAGAUUGCUACACAGGUACAUUAUCACUGAAUGAUGAGCGGGCACAGUAAACGCACAUUCAUCAACCUUAAGUACAAGUGCACUAAAGAAUCAGCGUAACACAUAACUGACUUGCAAUCAUGUAUAUCAUCGAACUAAAAAAACAUUUGCAAUGUUAACGUUGCUAGGAUUGCCAGGAAAAGCGCGAAAAAUGAAGAAACAAGAAAUUCGUCGAGUGCAUAACUCCAAUCUGUUACAAAGUCAUUCACAUGUACAAAUGGUUUUUACGCUAUUUAUACAUACAUUUGUGAGAAUAUUUUUGUGACAUAGAUGUUAGCAGAGUUGAGUGCUAGGUGCUAGAACUAGCUAAGCGGCAGAGUCAGCUUAAGAUUUUACAAGGGUUUAACACUAUAACAACGAUAGACAAAAGUAACAACUGACAAAACAGAGAUCACAUAUGCACCAAAAACAAGAGAGACGCGCAGGGCCUCUUUACAACAAAGAAUCUAUUGUUAACACAAAAGGAGGCUCUUGCUCCACAGGAAAUAAUUAACCUACUUAACAUUCCUAACAGAAAUUAUAGCUACAGUACAAUUUAACUAAGUAAACAAUGUACACAUUAGUCAAGUGCACACACAUGCACAUAAUAAUAGACCAUGUUGAUAAUGUUCCCUUGUAGUUUUUUUGUACAAAGAUCAAAGGAAAAACUAUAAUUAUGCUAACAAAUGCCAUAGACUGGAUCUACAACUGUAGUAAACACAGUCUAUUAUUCUGUGGUUGGCAUUUUUGGAACAGUUUGGUAGUUAGAGCACGGCUGGGUAGUUAGGGCUGGGUAGUUAGAGCACGGCUGGGUAAUUAGACGGUUCGGUUGGUAGUCAAAAUAAUAUAUUUAAACCAUAGAAUUUUAUAAUAGCUACAACUGCUCCAUGGUUGCAAUGCGAGUACAGCUAAGUGAUUCUAUGAGCUUCUAGCAAUGCUAUCUUGCCAACAAAGGCUUUAUUCUCGAGUAAAGGCUACUUUUGCUUACCAGUACGUUGAAGGCCAUUGCAGUCUCUCCAGAAUCAGGAAUAGCAAAAUCUUUUCGUAGAAGGUUGCUAUUCUACUUAGUAGUUUGCUCUAUACUAGAGCCGAUAGCUAUUGGUAGC